ACCCGGGCUAUUUUCGAAGAAUUAACGGAGAUUCCUGUUUCUGUUGAGUUAGCUAGUGAUUUCUUGGAUAGAAAGACUCCUAUCUUCAGAGAUGAUGUUUGUGUAUUUGUAUCACAGUCUGGAGAGACAGCAGAUACCAUUCUUGCUUUACGGUAUUGUCUAGAACGGGGUGCUCUUUGCCUCGGUAUAACAAAUACUGUUGGUUCAACAAUUUCACGUGAAACACAUUGCGGUGUCCACAUUAAUGCUGGUCCUGAAAUUGGUGUUGCAUCUACUAAGGCGUAUACUUCUCAAUUUAUUGCUUUAGUGAUGAUGGCUAUUCAAUUGAGCGAAGAUCGUACAUCCAUGACACAGAGACGAAAUGAGAUUAUUGAUGAACUUAAGAAGCUACCAGAAUAUAUCAAACAAGUUCUCAAGAUGGAUAAAGAACUACAAGAACUUGCUAGAAAUGAUCUUAAUAAAGAAAAAAGUCUCUUGAUUAUGGGUCGUGGUUUCCAAAAUGCUACUUGUUUAGAAGGGGCUUUAAAGAUAAAGGAAGUUUCAUAUAUGCAUUCUGAAGGUAUUUUGGCUGGUGAAUUGAAACAUGGACCUUUGGCUCUUAUCGAUUCAGAUAUGCCUGUUAUUCUUAUUAUGACUAAGGAUUCUUUAUAUCCG